CCCACCUCAAACAAAUCAUCAGAGCACCUCAGCAGUUCAUACCACCUCAAACAAACAAUGCGUUACUUCUUCCUCACCUUUAUUGUUGCAUUGACAGCAUCUAUGAUGUCUGUCACGGCAAGGCGACCGACUUGUAGCCAACUAGACGGGUAUUGCGUGAAGAAUAGCGACUGCUGCGAUUCGUCUAAUACCUGCGGUGCUAAUCAGUGCUUCUGCUUUCGCAUUGGUGCUGUUGUUGAUUGAACAAUAUGUAGGACGCGUUUGGUCUUGGGGUAUUCAUGGAUCUAAACACCAGACAACACAAGGAAAAGAUUGGAUACCGACUUGAGCUCGCCACACGGAUAUCUGAUGAUUGGUCAAUGGUCGUAACUGUGCAGGUCGUACAGUAACAAGUCUAGGCACUGCGCACGUUUACUGCAUAUCAUCACCAUCUCGAUAUCACCGUCUCUGUAACCCUAAUACAGCACUGCCAGUGUUGGGCCUUCAAAUGGACCAGCAUGUAGUAAGAAACGUCGACAUGCAGGAUAUGGAGCAGAACUAAGAACACUCACAUGGA